CGGUUCCUCGGCACUAGUCGGGCUAUUGUUGUGCGUCUUUCGGGGCAACCCUGACCCAUCAGCGGGCGGUGAUUUGUGGAUAUUAUAACUGGUCUGCUUGGCUCUCACUCCGCCAUAUUAAGCAGCCUUUGUCAGCUGGCGGUGUGUCCUCGUGUUUUAAAGGAAUACAAAGCAGCACAGCGGAGGACUUUGUGCGGGUGAAGUAGUUAAUCGGUAUGGGACAGACGGAAGACUGAGAUUCCACGUUAGGAACCGCUUCUUUCGGCCGUUUGCACUCCUUUUGGAUUGUCGACGUGAAAUAAAAACCUGGGAGUAAAGAAAAUAUAGCACAUGUAGCCGCAGUGAAACGCUGCAAAACGUCUCAUUUUAAGGCUUGACGAUGGGUUGCGUCAGGAGUAAAGAGGACAAGGGCCCGGCGCUAAAGUACCGCCCCGACAACUCCAACGCCACGCCGAUCAACGCCCACCUGGGCCACUACGGGCCGGACCCCACCAUGAUGGGUCACUCGCCCGCCAUGAAGACACACAACAACAGCUACAACAGUCACGCUGCCUCCCUCACGCCCUUUGGCGGGGCGUCUUCAAUCAUGACGCCGUUCGGCGGAGCGUCCACCUCCUUCACCUCGGUGGCUGUGAGCAGUCCCUUCCCCGGCGUCAUCCCAGGUGGUGUGACUUUUUUCGUGGCGCUGUACGACUACGAAGCGAGGACGUCGGAUGAUCUGUCGUUCAAAAAAGGGGACCGCUUCCAGAUUAUCAACAACACGGAAGGCGACUGGUGGGAGGCUCGCUCCAUCAACACUGGACACAAAGGUUACAUCCCCAGUAACUACGUGGCUCCAGCCGACUCCAUACAGGCUGAAGAAUGGUACUUUGGUAAAAUGGGCCGCAAAGACGCUGAGCGGCUCUUAUUGCUUCCAGGGAACCAGCGGGGCACUUUCUUGGCAAGAGAGAGUGAGACGACCAAAGGUGCCUACUCUCUGUCUAUCCGGGACUGGGACGAGGUGAAGGGAGACAACGUCAAACACUACAAGAUCCGAAAGCUGGACAGCGGUGGUUAUUACAUCACCACCCGGGCCCAGUUUGAGGUGCUGCAGAAGCUGGUGAAACACUACACAGAACAUGCGGAUGGUCUGUGCUACAAGCUGACGGCCGUGUGCCCCACAGUGAAGCCUCAGACUCAGGGUCUAGCUAGGGAUGCCUGGGAAAUCCCGCGAGACUCACUUCGACUGGAAAUCAAACUUGGCCAGGGCUGCUUCGGAGAAGUCUGGAUGGGCACAUGGAACGGCACUACCAAGGUAGCUAUCAAGACCCUGAAGCCAGGCACCAUGUCUCCUGAGGCCUUCCUGCAGGAGGCUCAGAUCAUGAAGAAACUGCGACACGACAAACUGGUGCCUCUCUACGCCGUGGUGUCGGAGGAGCCCAUCUACAUUGUAACUGAAUUCAUGGGCAAAGGUAGUUUACUGGACUUCCUGAAGGAGGGAGACGGUAAAUAUCUGAAGCUGCCCCAGCUGGUGGACAUGGCGGCACAGAUCGCAGACGGCAUGGCCUUCAUCGAGAGGAUGAACUACAUCCACAGGGACCUGAGAGCUGCCAACAUCCUGGUGGCUGAUAACUUGGUGUGCAAGAUCGCCGACUUUGGCCUGGCUCGGCUCAUCGAGGACAACGAGUACACCGCCAGACAAGGUGCUAAAUUUCCCAUCAAGUGGACGGCCCCUGAAGCUGCUCUGUACGGCCGCUUCACUAUCAAAUCAGACGUCUGGUCGUUUGGUAUACUACUGACUGAACUGGUGACCAAGGGCCGAGUACCAUACCCAGGUAUGGUGAAUCGAGAGGUACUUGAGCAGGUAGAACGAGGUUACCGCAUGCCCUGCCCCCAGGGGUGCCCCGAGUCCCUCCAUGAGAUGAUGAGGCACUGCUGGAAGAAGGAGCCAGACGAAAGACCGACCUUCGAAUACAUUCAGUCGUUUUUGGAAGACUACUUCACAGCCACGGAGCCACUGUACCAGCCAGGAGACAACCUCUAGUCUGGGGGAUAUGGGGGUUGGG